GCGGCACGACUGGCGAACACAUGAUCAGUGUGGCCGACAGAAAAAAGGUUAUAGGUUCUUGGUUGGUCGCCGUCAAGCCCGCCGGCAUACACGUCAUGGUGCAAGUCGACGGGGCGCCUAUCGCCGACGUCCAGAAAUUGGCCAAAUAUUGCCAGUCAGUAGGCGUGGAUUCUUUCCUCACGAUGCCAGAGCUGUACUUCAAGCCCAAGAAUGCGGACGAAUUAGUCUCCUAUGUAGAACUGGUCGUCCAGGCAGCGCCGAAGCUACCUGUACUCUAUUACCACAAUCCCCCCAGGAGCAGAGUUGAAGUAAACGCACCGGAAUUUGUAGCUAAAGCGACGGCUCGCAUUCCUAAUUUUAAAGGCAUUAAGUAUUCCCCGAAAGACUUGAGCGAGGCUGCUCAAGUGCUGAGGGUCCUGAAGGAAGGACAGGAGAUGUUCGUAUCAGCUUAUACCUUAUUAGCUCCAGCAGCGCUGCUCGGCGUGAAGAACUUCAUGUGCAUAUCCUUCAACUUGUUCCCGAAGCUGGCACAGGAUAUCAUAGCGGCUGUGGAGGCCAGCGACGUCCCGAAAGCGCGCGCGCUGCAGGAGACUCUUAGCCUUGCGAUAGAGGCCCAUACAGCUGAGGGUUAAUUGGUACCAGCGAUCAAAGCUGGCAUGGAGAUCAUAACUGGCGUGGAAGUUGGCCCGCCAUCUCAGGUCAACAAGCCGCUAUCCCCCGAAGCAAAAAUGCGGAUUGAGGACAAACUCAGGGCGCUUAAACUAGUCAAAUAUAAUUGAG